UUUGUUGUUUGCAUUUAUUACAGUGCUGAUAAUAACGAUCCCCUCUUUAUGCAGGAAUUUAAACCUGAUGAGUUCAAAGUGGACUAUGCAGUCUGGUUUUAGCUGAAGCAGGUAGAAUGUGAGGAUUUAGGUUGUUCUUCACUGUGAUGCUUCUCUUCACACCGUUUGUUCCAGGCGGCCUCUGAGCAGCUGAUUAACCCCCUCCUGCCGUGACUCCCUUCAGUGCUCCGGCUGAGAGUCCAGUUAAAGCUAAAGGUGCAGUGUUUCCGCCGCAGCAUCACACUUGUUUCCCCGAGUGUUGGCUGUCAACCCUGGAGGACAUCCAGCUGAAACGCAGCAAGACGAUCCGGAGGAGCUGGAGCCUCCAAGCCAAUGUGGGUUCAGUUCUUAUCGUCUGACCUGAGCUGCACUCCCAAAGACUCGUAAACAGGCGAUGAGGGGUCACUGAGGGGUGAGAUUAGUAUGAAAAUAAUAGACACAAGAACCCACCAAAACACCAGAUAACAGCUUAAACUUCUUUAACUUUAUCUCAAAAGAUGUUUUAACCCUCCUGUUGUCUUCAUUUACGGCCACCAAAAAAUAUUAUUUCCUUGUCUGAAAAAAAAUUCAGCAAAAAAAAUCCCUAAAUGUCUGAAAAUUUGCUAAAGCUUCAGGAAGCAAAUUCCAAUAAUUCAUUCAAAGUUUCCCUAUUAAUUAUUAUUUAAAAAAAUCCCCCAAAUUUGGAAAGAAAAUUCUUGUAAAUGUUUUUUAAAAUGAGAAAAUCUUCCAAAAACACCUUAUAAAAACCUAAAGUGAUUACAUACUGGUAAAAAUAAACCAAAAAAAUUAAAUUCACAAAAAAUCAACCAAAGUCCAGCAGAAUUUGCUGGAUUUUGCUUGAUUUUCUUUGUGAAUGUUCUUAAAGAAACAUUUGUUUAUAACAUUUUUUUUUCACAAAAAAAUGUUCAAAAACUUCUCAAAAAUGUUGAAAAUGUGGACGUCAGAAGUUUCACUGUGAAAAUAUAUAUUUUUUUUCCCACAUUUUGAAACUCAAUUUCACCUGCAGGGCGACACGAGGGUUAAAAACAUCUUCUCAACUGAAUGUUGAGUUUUUUUCAGUGUGAUAAGCAAAAACACAAGACAAAGUAUAUAAAGCUUGAAUUAGAUUUUUCAUACAUCAGUGAAUCCAGCAGAACCUUUCAGUAGACAAUAGGACAAAUAAUCCUUUAUUGCUCCCCAUGUCAGGGGGAAUUUCCAGUGUUACACGUUUCAAAACGGCACUAAUCACACGUACAGUAAUAUGUAAAAUAUAAACAAGAAUGAAAAAUGAAUAAAUGCAGUGUUACUGUACUGUGAAUGACAUCAGUAUGAAGUGGCGUUUGGAGUAAAAGUGCAAAAUUCCAGCAGUGCAAAGAAUUGUGCAUAUUUAACCAUGGUUUAAGAUGAUAUAAGCCCAGUUUAUGUUAACAUCAGCUAGUGGUACAACUCUAAUAUCAGAAAAAUCUACUGUAGUGUAAAUCAGUGUGAACAAACAGGCCCUGCAGCCACAUGGCUAUUAUAUGAAUAUUAAAUAUUAUAAUCAGCCUAUUGUUAGUCUGGCGUUCAUAGUCAGGUUUUUUAAUUACAGUUUGAAUUCAUGAAGUAUUUAAUAUUUUAUGGAUUAACCUGCUGUUUAUUUUUUGAUAAACUUAUUCUCUGCUUCAUACAUAAGAAAUCGUAAAAUGUUUGUAAAAUGAAAGCAGUCACGUUUGAGAAGCUGCAUUCAUGAAAUGUUUGGCAUCACUGCAUGAAGUAUUAAUCAAAAUAGUUACAAAAUCACUGCCCACCAAAAAAAAAAGUGGCACUCUAAUAUUUCAUUGGACUGUCUUUGGCUUUGAGUGCAGGAAUCAUUCACUGUGACAUUGUUUCUAUAAGGUUCUGCAAAGUCACAGCAUUUAUUUCUGUCCAGAGUUUCACUAAUUUUCCACCAAGAUCUGAUACUGAUGAUGGAAGAGUCAGACAAAGUCUUCUCCAGAACAUCCUAAAGAUCCUCAGUGGUUCUGAGGUCUGGACUCUGUGGAGGACAAUCCAUCUCAUGCUCCCUGAUCCACUCAUUCUCAAUGUGAGCCCAUGAAUCCUGACAUCGUCAUCUUGGAACAGGAAGAAAACCUCUGUUGAUGUAAAGACCUGGUCCUUCAGUAUCUUCAGUGUAUUCAGUGUUACGGCGCUGCAUGGAGCCCUUUGCUCCCGUUCCUGGACCCCCAGUCAGCAGCUGUUCUCUGUAAGCUGACCUGCUGGGAGAGCAGCUCCGGUACGAGGCGUCCACCUGACCAGCUGCAGCCAUGCAUCAUUCAUGGACAUGCAUCAUUGAUGGCGUCCGCUGCUCACAGGUGGAGCUGCGAUCCUCCACUUCCACCCCCCGCAGCCUGCAGUCUUCCUCCACGUCCAGCUUCCUGCCUGCGGUCAUGUUGUCGCUCUCAGGCCGCUUCACGAGCAGCAGCAGUCUGACUCCCUAACCUCCUGGAGAUCCAUGAGUGGCCCCGCCGGAGCUGCUCCCCCCACAGCCGUCCUGGGCCUGGGCCUGGACGUGGGCGGACCGUGGCACCAGAGGAGCAGAGCUUUGGUCCAGACCUUCCUGCUGACCGGCUCCAUGCUGCCUCCUCCUCCUCCUACAGCAGCAGCAGGCGGCCGGCCGGACCGAACCCCCCUCAGGCUGCCGUCACUCGUAUCUGCAGCCAAAGGACCCCGAAGGAGGAGCAGCAUGGCCCGGCUCAGCUUCAGUGAACCGUCUCUUCUCACCCCAAAUGAAAACGUCCAGUUCGAGGGAUUUUCCAACAAUCGUCGUUCCAGCGUUCUACAGAAACGUCCUCCACCUCCUCCUCCAUUCAUGAAGUCCUCCGGUCUGCUGACCUGCAGAACCUGCCACCCGUCCGGACCCAACCAGCCUGGUCAGCAGCAGGUCCAGAGCUGCAGCAGGCCGACCUACAUCCACUUCUCCCAGGCCAUCCAGCCCAGCUCCAAGCCCCGACCAGCCAGACGACAUUCACACAACCCAGCGCUGAGCUCCGAGGCGGCACAAGGAGACCUCCGGCCCUCGGCGGCUCAGUAUCGGACCUCCCCGUCCCAGGAAGAACCUCUGUCUGUGGUGGGGAAGCCCUGUCUGCUGAGCUGCAGCCAGCGUUCGGCUGCUGUCGGUCCGAGUCGAGCUCAGCUUCACGUGUUUCUGCCCAGCGAGGCCGAAGGAGAGGAGGCGGACAGGGAGUCUGUGGACGAAGGAUUCAUGGACGACCUGGACAAUAAAAUCACAUCUCUGAAGCUCCAACAAGGAGCCAGGAAGGCAGUAACACACCACUGACUUUCAGAACAUGAUGGUCCUGUCCUCCUUAUUUAGUGUAUUUGAAGCUGUUUUCUCAUGAUUAAGUAUUAUUUUAUUCAGGAUAGUGAAACUAGAGGCACAACACAAAAUUACAGGGGGUCCUCGGUUUACGACGUCAUCAACCUACGCCCUUUCUUCCUUAUGUCAGAACUGAUUACGUGGAACUAGUUGACGAGCGAAGCGGACAAACACGUCGCCAUGACGGCUUUGUUUACUUUCUCCGGUUGUACGUCACCUUGGAUUGUGCUGAAUUCACGAACCUUUUGCCCUUCAUUAUGGCUCCCAAACAUAAGUCAGACUCUUCUGAUGGCAGAGCUUCCAAGAAAAGGAAAGCCAUGGAACUUAACGUAGAUAUAAUAAAACGCUCAGAACAUGACUUUUCCAAAGAACUGAGUAAUAUCGUGAUGCGUUUAACGGCUUUGUUUACAUUUUCCCUGGAGUUCCGACUUACGUCGAAAAUCAACUUGCAAUGAUCCGUAGGACGUAAGUCGAGGACCCCAUGCAUAUUUACAGUUAAAAAAUUAAUGAAAAAAAAUCAUGUAAAAUAGUGGAGAAUAUCUAUCCUAAUUACAAUACAUUUUCUGGCCUAAAUUUUAUCGGAGAACAUGGGUAUUUUUUUGACUUUUAAAUGUUUAAUGCAGGAAGUUUACAUGUAAAAGAACAAAAUGACAAUUAAAAAAAACUUCACUGAUCCCUCACCAGGGAAAAAAUGAAAAUUGGAUCUAGUCUCACCAGUUGUACCUCCAGUACUUCACUUGUGUUUGAGAUUAGAAGAAAAAAUAAGACAUUAAAAAGACAGAAAGAACUGCCACUUAAAUUUAUGAAAUCAUGAUACUACUUAUAAUUUACAAUAGCUAUACUAUAAAAACAUAGAUAGAUUCUUCUUCUUAUUAUUAUUGUUAUACAAAAUAUUUCUCAUUUAACAAACAAAUGUAUGUCAAAUUGCAGAACCAAUAGUUCUUUUUGAGUUAAUUCUUAUUCAUCACAUCCAAAUUUAGAAGUACAUUUUUCUACUUAAAUUUAACAGUUUCAUCUACUUAUUUAAAAAAAAAAAUCUUUACAAAUGUGAAUUUUAUGGUUAUUGACAGUUACAGGUUUUUAUUAUUAUUUUACAUCAGACACUUAAGCUCACCAUCUAUUUUUGUAAUUUUAUUGGUGUUUUCAUGUAUUUGAAAAGUACAGGAAAAAAUAUAAAAUGAAAAGCAAAAGAACAGAACAUCAGUUCUUUUCAUACUAAUUGUCAAUACUUGUAUGCAAUUUUAUACAAACAUUUACAUUUUACAACUAGAAUUUAAAAGUUUCAUCUGUCAAAUAUAACAAAUAUUCUAAUUAACAAAUUUACAAAUGUGUUUUAACAGUCAUUUUAUGUCAUUUUCUGUAAAAAUGGGCAAUUUUGUGGUUAAUAACAGUGACGCAUUUUUUAAAAUUAGUUUCCAUUAGACAUGUUAAUUUAAAGUUUAUUAAUAUUUUUGUGUAUUUCAUGAAUAAAAUCUGUAAAAUUGCAUUAUUUUUUUUUUACAGUGUAGCAGUGCUUUGAACAGACCCUUCCUGUUUUAACACGACAACAACCAGGCCCGGGAUGGCUAAUUGGGAGGACCGGGACAAUUCCCGGUGGGCUGGUCUGAUGUUUGGGCCGCGAGGGCCAGUGUUCAGUCCUGGCUCUGGGUUGAUCAUUCUGCUGCUACCGAUGUUCCUGGACCACCUCCACUGGCAGCUCUGGUUUUUAUAUUUUUUUGCAGACGCACCGUCACGUGACACGUCCGUGCCAUAGCCUGUAUAGAAAGAUGGACGUAGCACCCGUGAUGUCACCCGUUCGUUUCUGCACUGAGAAUAUUUUAUAUACAGUCUAUGGUCCGUGCACGCGGUCAGAGGUGUUUCAAAGACAGAAAACAGGAAGAGCAAAGAUGGUGGCAAGAAUUAAAAAGAGGAAAGCUCUGGAAACAGACGCAGCCGAAUGUGCAGAAAUUGGAAACUUUUUCACUAAAGCUCGCGGUUUGAAACGACAAAUGAGGACGAGGAAACGGAUACGGACUUUGUUGAACUUUGCAAACCACCAUUCAAGUUAAUUAUCAAAUCAAUUGUGUGUCAUUGUGGCGUAAAACAUAACGUUAUAUAAUUUAAAUAAUAGUAUGAUGCUGGGAAACUUUGCCCUGUAGCCCCUCAGAGUCAGAAGAAAAAUCCAGAACCAAGCAGCAGCCAAGAGCCACAAGUCCAGAGUGGGAGAUGUUCAGAGGGAGCUGAUGCCACAUCUGGUCCAGCCGAUGGAAGGUCUUGAAGUUCUCUGACUGAAGAUGGUCCUCUGACUGGAUUUAAGGUUCAGAUGCUCAGGAACAAACUCCACCAAUGAGCCAACAGGGAAGCUUUAGGUUUAUGAAAUGUUGCUAUGAAGCAUGAAGACUAAACUCUCCACAAGGAUCCAAAAUAAUUUUGACUUCUACAUGAGUUAGGUAAAGUUGGAAAGAUAUUCACGGAUUCGGACUUCCAGCAUCAAUAACUCAUGAGAUAUAUGUUGUCAAAACAUAAACGACACCUCUUUCAAAUCAUUGUAAGCUAGACAAUGUGCUACAAGGCCAAUUUUAUCAAAGGUCGCUGUCUUUAAAGCUGCAGAAAUAACAUUGGCGUCUAUGGAGCUGGCGCUGUGAUGAGUGAACAGGGACCGUCUGCAAAUAGCAAAACCGCUGCAACAGCGAAAAGAGACACUACACAAAUAUUCAAUAACUUCACUCUUAUACACUGUAGAGCCACCAAAAUCACUGUAGCCAUGAAUGGGCUGCGACUGGUCAUACUACAAUUCUUUCUUUGGUGCUAAAUGAAAAAUCUGAAUUUUAAGGAAUUUUUAUUAUUAUUAUUUUAUGUGUAUUAAAAUUCAAUAGAUAGAAACUUUAUUAUCAGAUCAGAGACCCAAAAUUUGUUUUACAUGUUCGGCAGCUUCGCCACCCACAAUAACACUUGACAGACAUUUAACAUAUAACAUUAACAUAUAAGACCAUUGUCCACUCGCCAUUAUCCACUAUAAUUUGGUUUUGUAGAUUGAACUGCAGUUUUAACUAUUUAAUUUAAGGAUGGACUGAUGGACAAAGGAGUUUCUUAAUCGGACUUUGUUGAAGCCGGGUACACGGUACCGACGCCCUGAUGGUAGCAGCACAUAUUCCGAAUUUAGAACAUGGCUAGGGUCGGCGACAAUGUUCUUCGCCAGCCGCACAGUGUUGUUAUGAUAUGAAGUGUCAUAUUGUCCAUGCAGGGGCUGUCCCACUAUCUUUGAGCAGAUCUUAAUCAGCUGUCUCAGUCUAGAUUUAACAGUUUCAGACAGAAGGUUGUACCACAAAGCAUUACAAUACUGCAGGACACUGAGAAUGACAGAGGUGUAAAACAGAAGGAGCACCUGACGAGAGGCUCCGAACGACCGCAGGGGAUGGAGGAAAUAUAUUCUUUGCUUUGUCUUUUUACAAAUAAAGUCAAUGUGAUAUUUCCAUGAUAAAGCUGAGUCUGUUGUCACACCCAGAUAUUUAAAUGACUCCACUUGUUUAAUUGGUUCAUUGUUUAUGAUAAUAGGAGCUAUAGUAAGUGGUGCUGAACUAAAUACCACUUCCUCUGUUUUUUUGGUGUUUAUUUCCAGAGUGUUGUUCCUGCUCCACAUCACAACCUCGUCAACUCACUGUUGGUGCACCUCAGAACUGUCUAUGUCUGACAUUAGUGUCAGCAAGACAGUAUCAUCAGAAUAUUUGAUUAUGAAUUGAUUAUUAGAGGUUGCACGGCAAUCAUCAGUGCAGAGAGUGAAAAGCAAAGCUGAGCUGACACAGCCCUGAGGGACACCGACAGAGGUUAUGAUGGCAGAGGACAGUGUGUCGUAUACCUUAACCAACUGGACUCUGUUGAUGAGGAAAGAUGCUUAUCAAUGGAUCAAAUAUGGAUUACUCCAAUAACUCCACUCUUACACACUGUACAGUCACCAAAAUCACUGGAACCAUCAGUUGUCUCCUGCUGGUCAUACUACAACUCUUUGUUUGUCGCUAAAUUAAAAAUCUGAAUUUUAA